AUGUCGCAACCAGUGCUUCCGAACACAUCAAACUUUCUUGCUGUCGCACUCGUCAUCAAGAGGUCUCGCGAUGGGCCAAACUUUGUCUUCCACUAUCCUCCACACGUCGCUCCACCCCAGACUCAUCAACCUCACCAUGAGUUGGUCUCAGACUCUCGCGAUAGCGAUGACAUUCUCCUGGAGCGUCUGAAUAAUACCGGAUCAAGGGAUGAGCCUGUUGAUCCCACCUCCAAGACGGAUCAUCUUUCACACCAGAAUUGGGAUGAUCACCAGUUCACCGAGAGUGGUACUCAACUGGUUCCCUGGGAGCGCGUCGUUGGCUUCCCUACGCAAGACCUAGCCAGCGUCUUGACCCCAGCCAAGUCAUUACCACAAGAACGCUCUUCCAACUCUCACUGGAUCCGUUUACUGUGUUUUCGUACCCCAUCCACGUCCCCGAGAUUGGGUGUCUGUUAG